GAUAGAUAGAUAGACAGACAGACAGAUAGACAGACAGAUGGAUAGAUAGAAUAUUCGGAUUAUUAUAUUAGUAUUUAUGUUAUGCCAGAAGUAUUAGCAUAUUUUCUGCAUGCUUAUGGUUUUUUUCAAAUAAGCCAACUGAAAAGGCUGUGUUAAAGUUUCUCAUAGGUUUGCCGCCGUGUUUAGUGAUCCAAACCUUCGGCUAAGGGUUACCUGUGGUGCUCCACUUCUCCUUUCCCAACAACGUUCCCAAUAUCUCUGGCUAAAUCACAUUCCUCAGCCUUCGUCACAAUGGGAGAACUGUUUGAUGGUUUGUCCCUCUCUCUCUCUUGCCCAUAUCUCAGGUAUUCCCCUUACUUAAGAACCCAAAGCACCCAGACCUCUCAUAACCUCUGUCUCGACACCACUUUUAAGGACUUAAAAGCGAAAAAAAAAACCUUGAAAUAAGAACAUAAAGUUUUUAGAAGUUGUUUUUGUGAUUAAUAAAAUAAAAUAUACAUUUUUUAAAUGAUAAACUCAAAGUUAAAAUUAUUAUAAAUUAAAUCAGAAGGAUUUGAGUUGUUAAUAACUCACAUUGAAAUAAUUUAAACUUUCUCAGUGCUUUAAAUAUUAUUGUAGGUGCACUCCACAAUUUUAAAAUAAAUUUGCCCCCCCAAAAAAAGAAAUCUUUCCGGCGCAGGGGGGGGAAGAAGUCCAAAACAAAACAUUGCAUGAUAGUCUUUAAGUAGUUCCAUCUGUCCAGCAGAAUUUCAGGCUAAUAGCCUGUGGCGCAUCAGUCCGUUCCCUUAACUCCCGCAACCUGACUCUGUCCUAUUAAAUCUCUCCACUCCUCCAAAAAAAAAAAAAAAAAAAAAACAGUGAAUGAAGGAGAAAAAGAUCUUGAGCAGACCUAAGUCAACUAAAUUGUGAUAGUGAUGAUGAUGAUGAUGGUGAUGAUGAUGAUGGCGGUGAUGAAGCGCAAGCCCUAAUUAAGGAGAAAAAAGGACCUCAGGCACUCAGUGAUGUGGAAAAAAAGGGCUCAUCAUUGUGGUGUAUUUUUUUAAGGACAGCUCGCUCUGUGAGCAGAUGACUGCCGCUCACCUUGCCACGGGGUCUGCGUGAGAUUGGUUCAUUGUCAAGGAUUUUUUUUUUUUUUUACCCAUGAUUCCAUAUGGUAUGGAGUGGGCUACAUGUUGCCCAACAUGCCAGUGCAAAUGUUUUCUCAAUUAGGUGUCUUAUCUCCGGUGAGUGCACUAGCAUCAGAUGAAGCUUGCUGACAGCGUAAUGGCAGCUAAAACCUCGGAAGGCUCCAUCAAAUGGCAGCUCUGCUACGACAUCUCGGCCAGGACUUGGUGGAUGGAUGAAUUCCAUCCUUUCAUUGAAGCACUGCUGCCCCAUGUGAGAGCGUUUGCCUACACUUGGUUCAACUUGCAGGCCCGCAAGAGAAAAUACUUCAAGAAGCACGAGAAGCGCAUGUCGAAGGAAGAGGAGCGAGCCGUGAAGGACGAGCUGCUCAGCGAGAAGCCGGAGGUCAAGCAGAAGUGGGCAUCGCGGCUGCUGGCCAAACUCCGCAAGGACAUCCGGCCCGAGUUCCGCGAGGAUUUUGUGCUCACCGUCACCGGGAAGAAGCCCCCUUGCUGUGUUCUCUCGAACCCCGACCAGAAGGGCAAGAUGAGGAGAAUCGACUGCCUGCGUCAGGCGGACAAAGUGUGGCGCUUGGACCUGGUCAUGGUGAUUUUAUUCAAAGGUAUUCCUCUUGAAAGUACUGACGGCGAAAGGCUGGUUAAGUCACCGCAGUGCUCGAACCCAGGGCUGUGCGUGCAGCCGCAUCACAUAGGAGUUUCCGUAAAGGAGCUCGACCUGUACUUGGCCUACUUCGUCCAUGCAGAAGCAGGGCAGUCUGACAGUCCGAACCAGCCCAGUGAAGGCGACAUCAAGGACCAGCCAGAAAAUGGGCACCUUGGCUUCCAGGACAGUUUCGUCACAUCAGGUGUCUUCACCGUCUCUGAGCUAGUGCGAGUCUCACAGACUGGCCCCCAUAUAAAGUCGGACACUGUCAAGCCACAGUUUGGCACACCGUCAAGCUCAGCGCCCAUCGCGGCAGGGACGGGGCCCAACUUUUCGUUGGCAGACUUGGACAGCUCUUCCUACUACAGUAUGAGCCCUGGGGCCAUGAGGCGCCCCCUACCCAGCACUUCUUCUAGCAGUUCUGCAAAGCGAAUCAAAUGCAUGGAGGAUGAGGUGGACAGCCCGGGAGAGGAGUCCUACUACCCAGGUCAGGGACGCUCGCCUGGAAGCGGCAGCCAAGCCAGCAGCUGGCAUGAAGUGGAGCCAGCUGGAUAUAAACUGCGUGGCUCGCUAGCUAGUUCGUUCAUCUCAAGACAAGGGAUGCCAUCGCCUACCACAUUAAAGAAGUCAGAGAAGUCUGGUUUCAGCAGCCCUGUGCCUUCGCAGACCGCUUCCCCCCGAACGGCAUUCACACACCAUCAUCGACCUGUCAUUACAGGACCCAGAGCGAGUCCACACGCCACGCCGUCAAGUCUUCAUUUCCCGACGUCGCCAAUCAUCCAGCAGCCCGGCUCCUACUUCUCCCACCACGCCAUUCGCUACCACCCACAGGAGACGCUAAAGGAGUUUGUCCAACUUGUCUGUCCUGACAGUGGUCAGCAGGCUGGACAGGUGGGCUUCCUUAAUCCCAAUGGGAGCAGUCAAGGGAAGGUGCACAACCCGUUCCUGCCCACCCCGAUGCUGCCGCCCCCUCCACCGCCCCCGAUGGCGCGACCCGUUCCUCUGCCCGUGCCAGACUCUAAACCUCCAUCCACCUCCACUGACGGAGGAGGAAACUCACCCACUUCACCCAGUGAGUGUCUGACCUCUUGUAUGACCAGUCAUCUGAUGCCACACACAACACUGACUAAAGCCUACUCCACACCGAGCACGUCUCCCGCUCAGCGUUUUGUCAGCGUGGGCCCCAGAGACCCCAGCUUUGUAAAUAUCCCUCAGCAGCCUCAGUGGUACCUGGGCUAAAGACUCCCGAACACGGACACACGGCCGCUCCGAGGUCACUCGACCACCCCCUCUGUCUCCCCUGAGUACGACCCGCAAACAUGUACACCAGUCUGAACAGAGAGAAGCCACUUGCUGCCCCGUACCGGACAGACCCACAGCAUGGCUCCAGCCGAACAACCCCGCCAAGCCCUGGAACAAGAGGAACCGCUUACACCCACUUACUAUAUAUCUAUAUAGUCCAGAUGUAUUCUUCCAUAUGUAUGGUUUACAUGCCUAUAUUCAUAUAUAGUAGCUGUCCAGCUCUUCUGAGGGUGGAGCUCAGAUAAAAAAAAAAAACGAAGAGCUUUUUUUUGUUUUCCUAAUUUUUUUUUUUUGUUUUGAAAACGUGCACGUUUUAUUUUUAUUUUCUGUUCGUUUGUUUGUUUUUGUUUUUUAUGGUUCACCCUCACAGAUAGACGAGGAAAAACGUAACAUGACGCAAUCAAAGAGCUUCCCGCUUCUGUGCCUGUGGUGUUAAAAAGAGAGGCGUUUCGAGAUCAAAAACGCAGUCGACGGCCAAGGGUCGCGAACCCACAACCAUCUGGAGGUCGGAGCUCUGCCUUUCAAUCACUCGUGUUUCGACGCUGUUGGAGGUUUCGCCUGGGUCAGAUUUACCACCAGCUAAAAAACAAACUAAUCUAAACAAAUGUGUAUUGCGUCUUCUGGACCAUUUGCUUCCCUUCCACCGCCAUCAUCACCACCACCGCCAUCAAGGACUCAACCCCAUUUUUAUCUGUUGUUUUUGUCAUUUUUGGGGCAGGCGAUGAAGAAGUCAUGAACGGUGAUGUUUGAUAUCAGGUCAUUUUACAGGAGAUCUCCCCACUUGGAGGCAUGUUCAUAUUUUGUGUUUUUCUUACAAAAAAAAUGAGGAAAAAAAAGAGAGAAAGUCAUAGUGAUUGUUUCUACUAAACCCCAGCCGGAAGGUCUGUGGCACGCCAAGGGCCGAGUGAAGGUUCAAUCUUCCAGAAACUUCAAGGGAAGGUUAACCGUGAAUACUGAAUUGAGGAAAGUGCAAUUUUGUUGGGUAGAUGUUGGAUUGUUAAAUAUCUUUGUAAGAUAGAUCGUUGAAGCGAUUUGUUGAAAAGUAUAUAUAUAUAAAUAUAUAUAUUUUUCUUCCUAGUCCGUUCACACCUCCAGGACUCUAAAAUAUCGGGGUACAAAAAAAAAAAAAAUAACAACAACAACAACAUGUAAAGAGAAAAAUAGAACAAAUAGCCUUGUGAGAAAUAAGGGGAGCUGUAAUUGUUUUUUUGAAAUGUGUUUGUUUCUUUGUUUGUUCAUCUUUUGUUAGCAUUGUAGAACAAAUAAUCCCUUUAAGAAAUAUCGCCGUCAACUUUCUAGUUUCCGAAACGCUACAGCAGUUUUGAUUUACUGUACGCAAAAGAAAUUGCAGUUUGGAUGUAAGGAAAACAUAAAAAUCGCCUGAUUGAAGGGAUAGUUUGGCUAAAAUAUACAAUUGCUUCUUUCUUUUUAACAUCUCAUAGUAGAUUUUUAGCUGAAAGUGUGGUCCUUUGUGAUUUAUAAAAUGUAAGUUAUUUUUACAGUAGUAAGCGCAUCAUUUGUAAUGCUUUUUGCUCCUGAUGAUACAUUGUAAAGUGAAACGGAAUACUUAUAAAGUAGAACUGAAAACCAUCAUAAAACCCUUUUUAACUCUAAAAGUGCCAGCAUUCAUUGGCUGUUUCCAUUCAAAGAUGUGAAUUAGCCCAGCAGACACACAACAUCAAAAGACGUUAAUAUUUGGCUAGAUUUAGGUCACCAGUGUCUUAGGACAAUGUUAUUUUGAUGUCCAAUAACGACGUGAAAUGACGUUGAUAUUUUGUUGAUUUUAGGUUGUGUUGGAAAGUAAUCAAAAUCCAACGUCAAGCCAACAUCUUAAACCAACGUCAUAUUGACGUGAAAUACUGACAUUUAUUCAUUAAGUAUGGCAACCAAAAUCCUACGUUUGAUAGACGUCAUAUUGGUAACGUCCACACAACGUCAAGCUGUAACAUCAUUAGACGUUGAUAUUUUGUUGUUUUUAGGUUGCGUUGAAAAGUAACCUAAAUGCAAUGCCUGUCUGACGUUAAACAUUGAUGUUGGGUUCUGACCUCAACCCGAUUUUCAUUUCCUACAAAAUACAACAUCCCACGAUUGGGAUAUAACUUCAAUCUGUGCCUGCUAGGAGACUUGUUUGCAAAACUGGAAUAUCACAUAAAACAUUUGCGAAAAAACAUAAGAUAAAAUUAGUUAAAUGUGUCUUCGUUGUCGUUUAUGCACAUUUUUUCUCAUCGAAUAAACUGUUUAAGUGCAUAAGGAUUUUUUUUGCACAUUUUCAAAAUGUAUCCACACCCUGGUGUUUCUAUGAAGCAUUUUUUCAAUGCACGUAAAAAUAGGUGGAAACAUGGCUAGUGACUUCACUAAAUCACUGAAAACCACAGUUUUAGCUACAAAUCUUCUUUAACGUUCUACUGAGGAAAACAAAUUAAAAAUUUCAGACAAACCAUCGCUUUAAAUUUGUCCGAAUGUGAACACAACAAGCGACUAUCGAACUAACUUCCUUGCCAACACUUUCAAAAACUGUUGCGCAAAAAAUGUGAAGAUCCGAAAGCUUCCCUUGCAUGCAAUUUCCGUUCUUUUUUUGAGUUAGUUUUUCGUUCGUUUCCUGUAUGAAACAUAUAUAUAAAUAAAUAUAUAUAUAUAUACGCUUACAGUCUCAUCCACCGUCGAUCAAAGCUCAGUAAAGUUACGAAAAAUAAAAAAGAAAUAAUAAUCUGCAUGUUCUAGUGUUAGUGACAAAUUUUUACAUAGAUUACGUAGAGUUUAAAGUAGUGUGGAAAUAUUGUAAUCCCAACAUCGGGCACUUGCCGAUCAAGUAUUUGUUUGGUCCCUUUAAAAAAAGGGUGUUUUUACUGCUGUUCUCACAAUCAACCAGCUAAACAUCUCUCUGACUCUUCUUAGCUUGUCGUCAUUUCUAUUCUGACGUCUCCCUUCCUCCUUUAUUCCCAACAGAACAAUCAUUUUCAUGCAACGUACGCACUUCAUCGUCCCUGCACGAACAAUUCCACAUCGAUGUGCCUUGAGCGAUGGUUAGUUCGGAAUUAUUGCACAAGCUGCAAUGUGGAGACUAUUUUUUUACCUUUUCACCCUUUUGCGUGUCGUGGUAACUUGGAGAGAGUGAAAUUACUAAUGUUAAUACGCAGUAUUACUCUCCAUUUAACCACCAGUGGUCGUCGAGCGCUUGGAAAAUCCCAUCGUUUACACUUCAAUCAGUCGAAAGUCAAUCAAAAGUGUUUUUUUUUCUCUCUAAUUUAACACUAGUGUCAUUGAUAUUUAUGGAUGUUUUGCAAUUUCUAAAUGACGACUACUUCUUUAUUUUUUUCUUUUCAGUCUUCCUGUGUUGUUUUCUUUUUCGUUCCCAGAGAUGAAUAACGAGGAAAAGAUUAAUAUGCAAUACCUGCUUGCACUCAUGUAGUCAUUUUUAUUUUUGUCGUGUUUUCAUUUUUACCACCCACCAAAGUGAGCACUUGACAGGUCAAGUGGCUGAGCGUCAGUGUUUUUCAUGCCCAUGACACGAGAAAACGCCAUUGAUCAGCCUCACUUGGGUUUCACGCAAUUUGUUUUUCGGUCAUAAUCGAGCCUUAAAAACGAGGAAACUUGCUUUCCAUCACAAACACGCAAGAGCGAACACGUCCAGGAUUUGAAAAAGCCCAGAUUUUUUUUUUAAUUGUACAUUUUUUGGUGUUAUUUUCUAUCGCGUAUAUAUUUGGGAAAUAGUUUUUCCCGGACAUCUGAUGUGAUGAUGAUGAUUUAGUAGUUAAACUUGUGUGGGUUUUCUUUUUUUUUCUUUUUUUAGCGUGAUUUAUUACUUAUUUCGGUCAUUGUUCUUGCCUACCCUUUUUAGAAAUGAGUUGGGCAUUACUUUCUUAAUCGUCUGCACUAAAUAUAUAUUAAAAAAUGAUUAAAAAUCAACAAAAAAAAAAAAAAAAGCUUCCAGGGCUUAAAAGAGCGAAGGGAAACACGAUUGCACGAUAUUUUUUUUGUCACGAAAACCUUGUUUGGAGCAGCCUGGCAUCUAAUCAGCGAGAUUGGCUGUGCGUGUGUAAGAUAAUGACAAAAUUGCACCCUUUUUAAAGAAAGAAAAAAACCGAGAAAAAGAAUUUCAAGCAAUAGUUUGGGCAGUCUGUUUUGUUCUCGUGUUGUGUGUGUGUAAUUUAGUUUUUUGGUACAAGACGCGCGGGAGAGGCGAACAAAGUGAAUCGAUUAGAUAUGAGAUUUAGGGCGGACGCACCUGAGUAUGGGAGAUUUGAUGUUUGUAUAUUGUAUAGUUUUAUUAAUUACACUGAUUUUAAAGCUGCCCUAUUUUAUAAUGCAGGACUUUUGUAACAUUGAUUAAAUGAGGAAAAAACUAGUGUUGUGAAUUUUUCUGAUUGUUUGUAUUAAGGCCACAUAAAUAGAACUGGUUUUGUUUGUCCUCUGGGGAACUGGAUUUAAGUUGAAAACUUCCUGUUUCCUCUUUAUUAUUUUUUGUUUGUUUUAUUUCUUUUUGCUUUCCUUUUUCGUUUUUGUAUGUAUUUAAGGACUUAUUUCUUCUUUCGAUGGUAUAGAAGUACUCCUAUGCUUGAAAAGUGUAGGAUGCCGAGGUGAAAACCCCAUUGUAAAUGGAUGUUACAAGUAUGCUGUAUGUUUUGAAGGUUAUUUGUUGCAUCAGUGUUGAUGAAGCUAAAUCUAGAUACUUCUGAGGAUGUUGGUAAGAAGAGAGCGUUUUUAUGCAUUUUAAAAUUAGUUUUAGGCAGAAGACAAUGACAUAGACGGCCAAAGGAUGCCCCUAUUAUAAAUGCAUCUAGGCAUCUUUUUGUGUUCACCAUUCCAUGCAGGAAAAUAAACCGCUUGAUAUGCAACAUGA